GACGCUGCUCAGAAAGUCAGAGUUACUAGCCGUUACUGCUCCUUUACCCACCACCUCCACGCCGAUUUCAAAUGCGGUUCCUAAUCAGCGCCUCCACCCCCUCUCUGUGCCCAAAUCAAGCCAUCCCGCCCGCCGCGACAGACCCGAAACUUCUCCCAUCAUCCCAUGGCGACGGAGGCCAGGUCCGUUGCUCGCGCCCUGCGGCGGCCGCUGCAGCCACGGGACUCCAAUGUCGCCUCCCCUCUGGUCGCCGUCGCCGGGAAGGCGAAGACCAAGGCCAGGACGAGGCUGGCGGCGGCAACGACGCCUGCGUCACCGCCGUCGGUCAAGUCGUACAUGAAGAAGCCUGAGAGCAGGGUGGAGCUGAAAGAGGUGUCGCUGGCGGAGGAGCUGGAGAAGGCGCGGGAGCGCCGGGGCCGGCUGCGGGUGGCGAGGCAGCUGACGGAUCGGGUCCUGGACGAGCGCGACGAGGCACUGCGAUGGGAGGUCAGGGAGUGGGAGCGAAGGGCCGACGAGCAGAGGCGGCUGGUUGCAGAGCUCAUGCGGCUGAUUGGGAUGCCCGAGGUAUACACUCCAGUGGAGUCCCUGAGAUCCAAGGAGGAGAGGAAGAGAAAGGACGCGAUUUCACAUUCGGGUUCAGUGGCUUCAGCGUCUACGGCUUCAUCAUUACAGGAAGAAGUUGGAGUGAAUUCGUGUGCCCAAGAAUUGGAGGCACCAGGGACAGCAGCCACGCCGGCAACAACAUCAGUCAACACCUUUUGAAUUUGUUCCCUCCUGUCUUCUUCAAUUGUCGUUCUGAUGGUUGUGAAUGAAAUCAAAUGGCCUGUUUGAUA